AUGAUUGAUAUUCAAAAUGAUGUUUUUGAUUCAGUUCAUUAUUUUAAAAUUGAUACUGAUAAUGCUUGGGAUGAAUUAAUGAAUAUACAAAUAUCUAUAACACCACCUUCUAAACCUAAAGAAAAUCCAUUUAAUAGUAUAUUUAGACGUAAACGUCAAAAUUUUAAUGAACUUCCAUCAUAUUGUCAAUGUAAACCAUUACCAAAACCAAUAUGUAAACCAGGACCACCUGGUCCAAGAGGAUUACCAGGAAAAAAUGGUAUUCCAGGAAACCCAGGACCUAAAGGGGAAGAUAAUACUUUAACAUUUGAACCAAUUAAAUGUCCUGAAUUGUCUAAAGAUUGUGUUAAAUGUCCUCCAGGACCUCCUGGAUUAAAAGGACCUGAUGGUGAACCAGGACCACCAGGAAUAGAUGGUGAAGAAGGCUCUUGUGGUAUGCCAGGUUUACCAGGUGAUGGAGGUAGACGUGGUCCUCCAGGAAAUCCUGGACCACCAGGACCAAAAGGAAAAGACGGUAAUCCAGGUCCUCCAGGUUCUAAUGGAAAAAAAGGGAAAGGAAAACCAGGUCAAAAAGGUGUUCCAGGAAAGAUUGGUCAACCAGGAAAGCCAGGAAAAGAAGGGAAAAUUGGAAAAAGUGGAGUUCCAGGUUCGCAAGGGUUACCUGGUUCACCUGGCAAACCAGGUAUUCCAGGAAAUGAUGGAAUACCAGGCAAACAAGGAAAUCCAGGUUUACCUGGACCAGAUGCUGCUUAUUGUUCAUGUCCACCAAGAUCAAUAUAUAAAUUGCAACACUAA